AUGUAUGUGUAUGAUGCCUGCAGGAAGCCUCAUCAAGUGUGUGGCCAUAACGGCGAAACCUACAACACAGUGUGCGACGCCUUCACCGACCGCGUGGCCGUGGACUACGACGGCCCCUGCCACGCCGUAGGGGUCGUGUCUGACGUGGCCCACGACUCUGCGUGCAGCGUGAUUCCCUGUCCCCCGCUGUGCACUCCAGGCUGCCAGCCGGUCACCCCGCCUGGAGCUUGUUGUCCGAUAUGUGCCAGCAUGCUGCAGAUCCUCUGGAACAAAGAGCAGAUGAACACUUUCUCCAAGCUGAACAAGAACCAGCCGGUGACGGUCUACGACGUCCUGCAGAUCCUGAGUCUCCAUGUCUCUGUGCCGCAGUGCGACGUCUUCGGCUACCUGAGCAUCGACCACGAGAUGGUGGUCCUCAUCGUUCCGGUGGACCAGCAGCCGACACCGCUGCAGAUCGAAGCCUGCAGCAAGGAGGCCGAGAAGAUCGAUUCCCUGAUCAACUACGCCAGCCCCACGCUGGUCUCCCACGUCCCCCUCUCCGCGUUCCUCGCGUCCGAGAUCAAGACCUCCUACAUCCGCUCGUCCGGAUGCGCUCCGCCCUCACCCCUGCCCCCCGGCCUGUGCUUCCUCCUGGGGCUCCUCAUUGCUGCGGCCCCUGUCCUCCACCAGGUGUAAGUGCUUAUUAUUUCCCACCCACACAGCCACUCCCUCACUAACUCUUGAGUGUUCCAAAGUACCCACGCCCCCCCCCAUGAGGUGAGUGUGUGUUCGGGCGGUCAUGGACCAGGAAGAAGCGUCGGCGACAAUCAUUCCUAUUGACUCACCUGCGUGUCAAACAAUCAAGGCGUCGGGAAAAGCUAUUAUUGUGAAGGAGCUUUUGUAUGAACAGUGUUAUUCAGUGGAUGAGUUACUCACUGGGCUUCCCUUCCAGUGAAGUGUGUGUGUGUGUGUGUGUGUGUGUGUGUGUGUGUGUGUGUGUGUGUGUGUGUGUGUGUGUGU